UGGAUUUUUUUGUCCUUAGAAAGGAGACAUCAUAGACAUUAUCUGCAAAACACCAAUGGGGAUGUGGACGGGAAUGUUGAACAAUAAAGUGGGAAACUUCAAAUUCAUUUAUGUGGAUGUCAUCUCAGAAGAGGAAGUAGCCCCCAAGAAAAUAAAGGCAAACCGAAGGAGUAACAAUGAAAAAUCCAAGACUCUGCAGGAGUUCCUAGAGAGGAUUCAUCUUCAGGAAUAUACCUCAACACUUUUGCUCAAUGGUUAUGAGACUCUAGAAGAUUUAAAGGAUAUAAAAGAGAGUCACCUCAUUGAAUUAAAUAUUGAAAACCCAGAUGACAGAAGAAGGUUACUAUCAGCUGCUGAAAACUUCCUCGAAGAAGAAAUUAUUCAAGAGCAAGAAAAUGAACCUAUGCCUCUAUCCUUGAGCUCAGACAUCUCCUUAAAUAAGUCACAGUUAGAUGACUGCCCAAGGGACUCUGGUUGUUAUAUCUCAUCAGGAAAUUCAGAUAAUGGCAAAGAGGAUCUGGAGUCUGAAAAUUUGUCUGACAUGGUACAUAAGAUUACUAUCGCAGAGCCAAGUGACUGAACACACACUCUCAACUAUAUAUCUACAGAUGCAUCCGUUUUAACUCUUCUUGAGUUAAAACAUCAAAUAGGAGAGGAAGAUAAAUAUUUGUAAAUAAAACCUAGGUUUAAAUGUUUUAAUCUGAAUAAUUGUACAUAAAAUUUUGUAUCUCUAACAUUCCAAAUUAUUGUCAAUAAAAUAUAUAUUUAUUAUUUUAAAUACUAUGUGUUAACAUUUCACUUGCCUGUAUUAGAAAGGCAUAAUGUAAGACUUUGGUAUGUGUGACAUAUGCUUCAUUUGACUUUCUUUUACAAGUACAAUAUCUGCAAAAAACAAAGUAACCUUUUUUCCUACCUGCCAGUUUUGCAUUUGUAUAUGUUAUUGAACAAAUAGUAUUAGAGGAUUCACUGUUGAAACAAGUUGUCCAAGCAAUGCCAUAUUCAUUUUUACACUUAUUGGGAAACUGUGAGUUAAUAUUGGACACAUUGUAUCCUGAUCCACAGUGGAGUUUCAGUAAUUAUAUUUUGUUGACUUUAUUUUGUUUUCUAGUAUAAAAGUAUAGAUAAUGUGUUGUCACUUCUGAUUUAGUGAAAUCAAUUGUAAUAAUUUUACAGAUAUUUUGUCUUUAAGUGUAAAUAUUUUAAAAUUCGACAUAACCUAAUGUUAAUAAUAAAAAGAACUAUUUGCAUAUUGCA